AUGCCCAGCACAUAUAUACCCCAUCACCUCGUUCACGCCCACCUUCCUCCUCCUCCCUCGAUACCCAGUGCCAUACCAGAACUCCGUAUACUGUCCGACCAAGCUGUUCCUCUGACAGACGAAGACUAUGCUGAACCAUUGCAUCCCGACCACGCUGUUUCGGCCAUCCACGAUCAGUCGACCAACAUCCUUGCGAGGAGUCUCUACAACGGGCACGUCUUGGAACUACGGUCUUUCAAUCCGGUCAUAAGUAAAGCUAGACCUCGUGGAUUGGAUGGUUCAGAGAUAAUCAGGAUAUUCUUCCCUGAACGACUACGUCCUCUAGCUCAAGCAUGUAUAACAGUCUCCAAAAGAGAUAAAAGGCUUUUCGUCUUAGUUGUUUCUCAAGCGAACGUCAUCUACAGAUUGAAUUUCCCUCUUGGAACGUUCCGAUCUGGUACUGAGGACAGGUUCGUCUUCACCACGAAGGGGAAUGACGAUUGGUAUGAGGAAUGGGAAGUACCAGAAGAUGUCGUAGGAGCAUGUAGUGGCAUCAGUGCUUGGACUACUUUAGAUGAGAAUACCAUAGUCUUAGGAGGAGGUGACGGGGGAAUAGUGAGGGUGACUAGGUCUGGAUACUGGUCAUCAGAUUCUGGCCGGUGGAUUGCUACCCACCACAGAGCAUCUUCAAGACUCCGUCUUCCUUCCCUCUUCUCCCGUUCUGCUAAUACAGACGAACAAAUCAUCUCAUUCGCUCAAUAUCACCAUCAUGAUCAUAUCCGAGUCUUAUACACACUCUCUCGAGAUCGAAAAUUGAGGACAUGGAACGCUUCGACCGGCGCUUGUCUUAGAACAGUAGACGUUAGAUUCACAUCGCAAGAAUUGAUAGUCAGAGGUUCUCAGGAUGGUUCCAGCUCAACUAUCAUCGAAGAUGGUUCGGUAAAUAUGAUUCGUGUUAUACCUCAUCCAUCUUCCGCUUCACGUUAUUCUCACCUCGUCAUUGCCUUCGCAUCGACACCAUAUAGCUCAUCUUCUGCGGGGGCUUUCGUUGUGUAUCGAGCUUCCACCUCGAGCCAUAGCGUUAGCGAUCUGUCACCCGCUGGAGACAAACCUUGUUCAUCAGCUUCUGCCGGCGCUGAAUUACGGGGCUUCCAAAUCUUACCUCCAGUGAAGGCGGAAGGAAUAGAUGGUGGAUGGAAACUAUGGGCUACAUGGGAUAAGAAAGGGUCGACGUUCUGUGAGACCCUCACCAUGGACGAUAUAUUCCAAUUCACCACCUAUAUCGAAACGAACGAUGCUCUUCUACUAUCGGAAUGGCAGCAAGUGACCUCAUUGAACGAUGAAGAGAAUUUCGACGCAGCAUAUUUCGAUAAUAUCCUUAGCUCUGAUCCACCCAAUCCAGCUGAUCCAGAAGAUAAUGGAGAUAUCCCCGCUGCGUUCAUUCAACACUUGUUUCACCCCGGUCGAUUCUCCAUACUCACCCUUACAACAGCUCUGGAAGACUAUAUACAUCAGCUCUCCCGAAAGAAUCAGGCUCAACAGAUUGCUACUUCCUUUGCAUCGUUGUCGAAAAGGUUCGGCGGCGUAGUAGGAAGUCAAAUCGAGAUGGAGUACAGCCCUCAGACAGGUGCACCGGUAGUGGACGCUUAUAGAAAGAAGUUGAAAUUAGAUUGGCUGGGAGUAUGGUCCAACGUCCGUGAUCUCGACAAACAAGCUAGAUGGCCGAUCACUACCGCAUUACUCGAUAAUGAUCUGCUUGUCCUGACUCGAGAGGGUGUUUCCACCUCUGUACCGACCGAUCUAGUAGGAUUAGUGGACAGAUUAGGUAAAUCCGAAAUCGAUCCAAAUCAAUUCUUACAGUUAUCUGAAGGUGCUGUACGAAGAUUGUACCCUGCUCUCGCUCCGCCAAAAGCGCGAACUUCAGCUAUUGCCGUUUCGAUGGCUGGAUCGUUCAUCAGCAGUAUAUUGAAAGGUCAAGACGCUACGGAAGACACUGGUACUGCUUUGGAUGAUUUUGUCAAUACAACUGCUGAAAGGCUUGCGACGGUUACUCAUGAACCCCCUGAAACGAUCGCCGGAGGUAUAUGGGACGAUUUUGUUGAGGAAUCGCUUGCUGAGGAAGAUCGAGUAUCUGUCAGGCGUAUAUUAUCGGAGAGUUCUUCAAUCACUCGAGGAUUGGAUGAAUCCCUCAAUAUCCUACAACAAGCUUCUUUCCCUCUCUCAGCAUCCACUCUCGACGAACUCAGCUGGUCCGGAUCAGGUAACGCUCUUCUCACUUCGAACAUCGCUCAAUUCAUCGAAUCUCGCUUCAACCUCGCUCGAAACGUACUGCUUGUCACUUUCUUCCAUACGUUCGAAUCUCGUGACCAUUCAUACGAAGAUGACGAGGGUGAAGAACUGAUCGAGAUCCUUGCUAGAGCUCUGGUGAUAUUCCAUCGUUAUAAAGUCCUAAAAUGGGUAUGUGAUCAGACAGGAGAAGAAGCCAGAGAGCGAAGUAAGACAAAACGAUCAAAUAAGAGGAAAGUCAAUGGAGGAGAUGAUGUCUUGGCUGAGGGUUUCGGAAGCUUGAGAAUGAAAGAAGGUGAAGAAGAUCAAGGAUUAGAUUCGGACAUGUACGAUAUUGGAUAUUCACUCGUUCAUUCUUUACUUGCAAGACAAACACCUCAGUCAGUCACAGCUGGAGCUAUCGACCGAUUCCUUGAGACUACCUCUGCCUUCGUAUCUGGUAUCAACAUGGUCGAGGCUGAUCAGACGGAUGUCGGAGCUCGAAAAUCCGAUCUUCAGCUUGGAUAUAGGAUAUUGAUAGAUGGACAUGCUCAACUUGCUGGCGCUUUUACCGAUAUGUACCCCCUCUCUGCGGGGAUAGCGUAUGUCAAAGGUAGAGCAUAUUUGGAGUGUGGUGUGAUAGAAGAAGCUGUUAAAUUUUUGGAGAAAGCUGCUGCUGGAUGCAAAGAUGGAUCGCUUUCACCGAUAUUGCCUUCUACAUCUGGACCCAACGGACUCAGCGAGUACUACCGCCAUGUAUGUCGUGUGUUCGAUGAUCAAGGUGCGGAUGAACCCGUAGUAUACUUCGGUCAGCUUGCUAUACAGUCAAAUAAAGAGGAUAUCGCCUCGACCAAAGACCUGUGGACAAAGGUUUUCUUAGCUAGUAUCGCGCUUGGAAGGUACGAAGAUGCAUACUCAACUUUGACAAGUUUACCAUUCUUGGAUCUGAAACGAGACUUCCUUGGUCAACUCAUCUCGGUGAUGUGCGAGAAUAACGAAGUGGGACGACUCAACUCCUUAGGAUUCAUCGGUUUCCAGAAAGAUGUCGAGGAGAUGUUACGAUUCAAAGCUAGGAAUUCUGAUCCACUUAGAUUCCCUAACUACUACAAGGUGUUGUAUUCAUGGCAUAUCGCUAGGGGAGAUUACAGGAGUGCUGGUGAGAUCAUGUAUCUCCAGGGAAGACGGUUUGCCGAAGGCAAGAGCUCGAAAAUCCCCGCAUUCGAAUUAUCAGCUAUGCAAGCCAGGAGUUACCUCGCGGCUAUAAAUGCUCUUUCAUUGGUUGAGAAACGUAAUGCAUGGGUUUCGGUCCCUGGAGCACCAAGUAAAGCUUUACGUGGGAUUAAACGAAGAAAAGUAUCUAGUUAUAUACCGGAAGAAGAGUUUACGAAGGAGAAAAGACCGGUUGAUAUCAUCUCGCUUGCCGAUAUCGAGAUGGAAUAUACACUUGUUCUAUCUCAGUUGAGGCUGUCGAGUCACAUACCAGAUCUGCAUGAACACGGUGUUACCGUCUCUCCGCAAGAGGUAGUCGGCUUGUUCAUCCAAAGAGGCAUGUUCGACAUCGCCCAAUCGGCUGCAUCGUCCUUGCAGGUGGACAUGACAGACUUGUUCCAAGCUCUUGCAGCGAGAUGUGUAGAGUUAUCCCGCCUAUCCGAGCAUCAUGGUGAUUUCUCUGCCGCGACGUUCCUACAAUCGUCGCCUAUUACCGCACGUCUCCGAGGUUCCCCGUCAGCUUUAUCCAUCAAAUAUCUCCAAACCGCUUUAUCCCGACAUGAUUCGUCUAGGACGAAUUGGAAGUACCGACAAGCUGUGGCUGAUACAUUGUUUGAGAUGAACAAAGAUAAGAAGAAAGGAUGGCAGAUGCCUGUAUGGCUAUCACAGUGGGAGAUGGACAGAGAUCCCGAAGCUUGGAUUGGUAAAGCGCUGAAAUACGGUUCGGUGGAAGAAGCUUUAGGAUGGACUAUCGAUUUGGUGAGAAAGGCAACACCACCUGAAUUGCUGCCCAAAGGUAAAUCCCACGUUUCCAACCUCCCUUACAACCUUAUAGAUAGAGUUUUGGCUGCCUCGGAGGAAGGUGAUGAGAAAGAAGAAAAGAACGUACAGCAGAAAGCGAAGGUAUUAAGGGAAGAGGUGCAAAGAAGGAUAAAAGGUUUAGAGAAGGUGUAA